AUGUCGCCGAUUGAGACACGUGUAGUCAUUAUCUAUCUAUCUAUCUAUCUAUCUAUCUAUCUAUCUAUCUAUCUAUCUAUCUACACACACAUUAACGUUCUAAUCACUAUCUAUCUAUCUAUCUAUCUAUCUAUCUAUCUAUCUAUCAGAAAACAUAUGAAAACGGCCAAGGGAAGCCAAGUUACAGCGUUAGGUUUUAGUUCUUUACUAACUAAUACUAAAAUCUAUCUAUCUAUCUAUCUAUCUAUCUGUUUCACUUUCGCUCCCUUUCUUUGUCUCUUUUUCUUCCAAUCUGUUCAUAUCUAUCUAUUUAUUCAUAUCAGUAUUUUGCUCAGUCUCUUCACAACUAAGUUCCUUCAGAUCACUCUUUAUCAUCUCCCCCUUCUCUCUAUCUCAAGCUGUUCAUAUCUAUCUAUCUAUCUAUCUAUCUAUCUAUCUAUCUAUUUAAAUCAAUCAGUUUUGCUCAGACUUAAUAAUUUAGUCUCUUCAGGGCGGUUCGUCUGCCACUGGUCCCAAACUGCUACUCAGCUCUCGCCUGUGGCUCCUAGAAUCUGUCGCAUGCAACAGCGGCCACCCGCAGGCAACAGAUUUGGCGGGCCGCCUAAACCAGGUGAGGUCAGCUGA